UAUAUAAUCGAACUGAAACCCUAAUGCAACUCUACAAAACCUUCAUUUUCUUCCUUUUUCUUUUUCCUCAGUAGCACUGCACGCGGAGGUUAAAGUGACGGCGCUGUCUUGCUGUCCGCCUUGACCAAGCCGUAGCUUCGUCUUGGCCCUAUAGUUUUAUUGGAUCAUACUCUCGUCCUAGUUAGAAUCUUCUGUGUUUUUGUUCUUGCAAAAUCAGGAUAAAAUGUCUGGAAAACCAUCCAAAGCUGAUAAGAAGAUUGCUUACGAUGCUAAGCUCUGCCAGUUGCUCGACGAGUACAGCCAGAUCUUGAUUGUGGCGGCAGAUAAUGUUGGGUCGAACCAGCUCCAGAACAUUAGGACGGGUCUUAGAGGUGACUCUGUGGUUCUCAUGGGAAAGAAUACCAUGAUGAAGAGGACCAUUAGAGUCCAUUCUGAGAAGACUGGCAACAACGCUUUCCUUAACCUCAUCCCCCUCCUUCAGGGUAACGUGGGACUGAUUUUCACCAAAGGUGAUCUCAAGGAAGUGAGCGAAGAGGUUGCCAAGUACAAGGUUGGAGCUCCUGCUCGUGUUGGUUUAGUUGCCCCAAUUGACGUCGUUGUCCCACCUGGCAAUACUGGGCUCGACCCGUCCCAGACCUCUUUCUUCCAGGUGCUGAAUAUUCCCACCAAGAUUAACAAGGGUACUGUGGAAAUUAUUACCCCUGUGGAGCUUAUUAAGAAGGGGGAAAAGGUCGGCUCUUCUGAGGCUGCUCUGCUGGCCAAGCUUGGCAUAAGGCCAUUCUCUUAUGGCCUUAUUGUUCUGUCUGUUUAUGACAAUGGUUCUGUCUUCAGCCCAGAGGUGCUUGAUCUGACAGAAGAUGAUCUUGUUGAGAAGUUUGCUACUGGUGUCUCCAUGGUCACUUCAUUGGCAUUGGCCAUCUCAUACCCAACUCUGGCAGCUGCACCACAUAUGUUCAUCAAUGCCUACAAGAACGUCCUAGCAGUUGCAGUUGCAACUGAGUAUUCCUUCCCGCAGGCAGAGAAAGUGAAGGAGUACUUGAAGGAUCCUAGCAAGUUCGCUGUUGCUGUUGUUCCAGUUGCAGCUGCUGAUGCUGGUGGUGCUCCAGCUGCUGCUACUAAGGAAGAGGAAAAGAAGGAAGAACCAGCUGAGGAGUCUGAUGACGACAUGGGUUUCAGCCUGUUUGAUUAAGUUUCAUGUAGGUUGCUACUAUAGAACUGUUUCUAGUAUAAUUUUGGCGAUUUAAUGUUAUUUUGGACAAUUAUUUUUGUGUUAUUUAGCAAGUUUCACAUACAUUGAUAGGAUGUUACCCAUCUCUUUGCAAUUAUGCUCAUGUUUGAUUGGAUUGAA